AUGGCGGGACACAAAACUGGUCGUCAAACACUAGUUAAAAUGAAAACACCUGAGGUUCUCUGGACGCACUGCAUGCUCCACAGAGCAGCUCUCGUAUCAAAAACUAUAAGCGAGGAACUUAACAAUGUUUUUGCAAGGUUGUUCGCAAAACUGUGUGAAGAUAUGCGAGCUAAAUGCACGUCACUUCUGUACUAUUGUGAAGUGCGCUGGCUAUCUCGUUCAAAAGUGAUUCAAAGGGUACUUGAACUCAAAGAAGAAAUUGCUAUGCUUCUCGAGGAAAAUCAUAAUGAAGACGGCAAUAUGUUUAGGGAUGAUAAUUUUAUCGUUAAACUUACAUAUUUGGUUGACAUUUCUGAAAAAUUGAGUGUUCUUAAUAAAUCAAGGCAAGGACAGCAAAUGCAUUUGCUUAUACAAAAAGACAAAGUGAGAGCAUUUAUUAAAAAAGUGGAGCUAUGGAAAUCAAAUUUGCAAAAUAAUAAGAUUGACAAGUUUCCACGUUUAAAUUUAUGCUCCCGAGAUAACAUAGAAGCAAACAAAAAUCUCUUUGUGGAACACUUGAAUGGUUUGUUGCUUCAAUUUUUGAUCUUGACUUUACAAAGUUUGCGUGGAUGCAGAAUCCAUUUAUCGACGAAGAAGAUUAUGAAUUUGGAUUGA